AUGGAUUUACAUAAAAGCGAUUGGGAAGAUAGACAAUUCCGUUUGGAAAAAAUAAUAAAAAAGGAAUUCUAUUAUAAACAAAAUGAUAUAAAAAAAUGUGAAAAAAGUAAAACAGGAGGAUUUAUAUCGAGAAAAAAAUAUAACAUGGUAGAACCAUGCAAAUGUUGUAAUUGUGAAUAUAUCAUACUCGUAAUAACAGAGUAUAUGAAAAAGGAAUGUGUCUUAGAUCGAUAUGUAAUGGCCUAUAAAAAGUUGUAUGAAAAUAUAGAUUUGUAUAUUCAUAAAAUUAGGAACAAAUCGGACAUUGACUAUAUUGCUAAUAAGUAUUUUUUAUUAAAAAAUGAUAUGAGUCAUUUAAAACAUUUAAAUAAAAAAUUCACAACAGGAGAUUGUAAAGACAUCGAGAUGGAGACAUAUACCAUAUCAGUUAUAUUAACCAUAAGGACAAAAAUAUUGAAUUCCCUUCCUAUGUUAAAAGAAGCCUUAAAAAAUUUGUCUCAGGAUGAGCAUAAUGAUUAUUAUGUGAGUAGCAGAAUAGGAAUAAUAGAACAGAUAAAAAAUAAAAUUUAUAACUAUAUCGUAGGUAGAAAAAAAGAUCAUAAGUAUGAAACGAACAAUGUGAGAAGGGAGAGAACGAAUAAAACACAAGUUUAUGAGAACAUUCACAUGGAUGAGACAUCGAUGAGAAUGUACGAUCUCACUCCCGAUUACAAACAUGGAGAAGGAAUCAUUUACCAUGAAUCCGACGAGAUCAAUCAGUUCGAACACCUCAUCCAUAGAGGAAGUUACAAUAAUGAUGACAUCCGAGACAGCUUUUGUAACAAGAUUCCCAUUUUUUCCAUCGAUGAUCGUCAUGAAAUGCACAAGGAUAAUCCUUUCGCGGAAACAAGAACCAUAAUGAAAAGGUCCCCAGAGUUACCAGAAUGUACAAAUAUAAUUUGUGGAGGCAAUUCAGCCCGAUUAAGAAAAGAGGUUCCAAUGAAAUUUUACGAAAUAACAAUAACAACGAAUAGAAACUUAAUAAGCCUAAGGAGUAUUCUUCUGCUGAUUGAAAUGGUUAGUUUGUUUCAUACAUACCUCAUGAAAUACAUGAUGGAAAAGAGAAAAAAUGAAAAAAUUAAUUUUGUGCAACUUGAUGAGUUUAGAAAGAAGGAGGAAGAUUUGUCUUGUGACGAAUCGGGUUACCUCCUCUUUUAUGAUAUAAUUUUGGGAAAAGUAAAAGAUAAAAAAAAAACAGAAGAAGAAAAAGAAGAAGCUGAAGAAGAAGAAGAUGAAGAAGAUGAAGAAGAUGAAGAAGAAGAAGAAAAAAACGAUUCUCAGAAAUGCAAACAGAUAUAUUCAAAUGGGCCUCAAAAUUGUCGUAACUAUGGUAAGAAGUCGUCCACCUCUGACAAUACCACAAGUUUUGAUUACGAUAACGAGGAAGAUUCAAAUGGUGCGGAGUGUGCUCCAAUUGAAAAAAGAGCUCCAAUUAGAUUUUUCUCUGACGGGGAUAAUGUUUACACCAAGCGUAUCAUCGAUCGCACACAGCAGGAUAAGGAAUAUACACAUCAGGCUGAACCUACACAGUGGAGAAGUAAGUACACAGAUCUGGACAACAAUGUUUUUAUAAGUGAUGCACAUGGUGCAGGUCGUGAUGCAGAUUACACAAAUCGGAUAAGCGAUUGUGGUAGUCUUAUUGCUGAUUCAGUUGGCAAAUGUAAGAGUUACACUUAUCAGGAUUCAGAUUAUAAUAAACUGUCUGAUAUUCGUCAUGUCAACCGUACUGAUAAGAAAGUUGUGUGUGACUCCAUCCCUGUAUCGGAGUUAAAGGAGGAGCCUAGUUAUAUUGAAGAAAAGGAAGUAGAAGAGAUUAUCGAUUACAUAAAUUACAUGUUUUCUUUCAUUAUGAAUGAAUGUGAUACUUAUUUGAAUAUAGAGCUGUUGUUCACGCUGCACGCCUUUGAACUAAGUUAUAUGUUUAAUGUGUUAAAAAAGUUGAUAUUAGGAAAAGAAAUAGAAAAUGAAUUCCUUGUGAUGCUAACAUACUGUGGAUAUAAAAUUGAGAACAAAGAAAUAAUCGAUCAUUGUUUUUGGAAGUUAAUAAGUGUUUUUGAGAAUGAAGAUUUGCCAGACUGUUGGGUGAUAUUAGAUAAUAAAUCAGAUAAUCAACUAAGAAAAAAAUAUAAUGAAAUGAAAAAUAAUUUAAGAGAUAUGAAACAAAAGAAGGAAGAAAUAGAGAUGGAAAAGAAUAAAAAAAAACAAAAGAAUUCACAAGAACAUUAUUAUUAUUACUAUUGCUGCUAUAAGGAUGGAAUAUUUUAUGAAGCAUUAAAUAUUUUUCAACCAAGUAAUUAUAAUAGUAUAAUUAACAACAUAACAGAGGUAGAUAUGAAUAAAGGAAAUUUAUAUUUUAAUAAAAAUUUAAUUGACAAAAGGAUAUUUUUACCAUUGAUUGAAAAAACAAAAAAGGAAUUUCAUCAUUAUAAUGAUGUUCCCAAAGGAUAUAUAAUAAAUGAAAUACAGAGGUUACGGAAUUUUAAUGACGAUUAUUCUUGUUGUUAUAUUUUAAAAAAUAAUAAGAAAGAAAAAAUAUUGAUGGGUUUUAAAAAAAGAGGAGAAAAUAAAGUAUUUGUGUAUAAAUACAAUAAAAAUGUUAAAAAAAUUUACAAAACAGGUCCAAAAAAAAAAAUAAAAUCUUUUUUUAAUAAUAUAUCCGGUUUUUUAGGUGUCUUAAUAUGUAAUUUCACAGGCAUGAAAAUUAAAAUAUAUGACAAUGGGAUAUCAGAAAAAUAUGCUCAUUUUUUUCCAGCUUUUGAAAGAAAAAAUGUAAUAUCUAUUAGAUUUGAAUCAAAUAUAAUAAGUGAGUUACCCAGACAUUUUAUAUGUAAUAUAUAUAAGGAAAAUAAAAACAUAAAAAUUAUUUAUGAAAAUAAAUGUCCUGUUUGGAAUGAUGAAAAGGAAAUAUAUGAGUUACCAUUUUAUGGAAGAGUUAAGCUGGCAAGCGCAAAAAAUCUGCAAUUAAUUUUAAAAAAAUGUGUAAUUGCUGAAUUGAAAAAGGCUUCCUUUAUAGGUAAAAGCAUAAAUGAUGUAAUUGAGUAUGUCAGUAAUGACCAUUGUAAACUAAAUUCCCUAUCUUGUAAUGCGUAUGCAGAGUGUGCCACAGAUAAUCAUUCAUGGGAUCUUCACCCACAUGCUUCCACCUAUGAAGAUAACUGCAGCGAUGAAGAAAGACCUAAAAAAAAGGUGAUUAAAAAAAAUUUUCCAUUUGAUAUUAUUACAAAUAAUUUUAAAAAAAAAAAAGAAGGAAAAUUCGAAAUUGUGAACAAUGAUGAAGAAGAAAUAUUUUUAAUUUUUGGGAAAAACUCAAAAGAUUACUUUACGCUCGACUUCCGUCACCCCUUAUCCUCCUUCGAGGCUUUUUCUAUAGCCAUUUCGUCUCUUCUGAAAAAGAAGGCCGUUUCAUAG